UUUAGAAAUGGAAAAUUUUUAUUCACAGCCGAAUGAUAUGUAUGGUGGAAAUCAUGAGAAUAGCUUUGAUAAAAAAGAUGGCAUGACUAAAGGAGGGCCAGUUUCUAAAGACUCAUCAAAAGGGAACUCUGGAGACACAAAGGUCAGGUACUCACACUAUAACUUCUCAGAGAGGAACACUCCAAUGAGAGUUCAAAAGUUCCCCAUGGGCAAAGAUAGAGAACCUGUAACAAAGUAUCCCAAGAAGAGCAAUAGGUUCUCAGAAGUUUUAUCACAGAAGAAAUAAGAGACAGACUACUGCUGGGGCUGGCCUAAGUGCUUAUGAGGCAAAUCCUUAUGGAUUCCACCAGAAAAGCCAGACAAGACCAAGAAUUUCUAGAAAAAUGAGAGUGAAAACUCCACAAGUAGGCAAUGGGAAAAAUGGAAGACUUAGUGGCCAGAAGAUGCACUUGGUAUCUUCUAAUACAGCUGAAAAACCUAACCGUCCGAUUACUGCUGUUGGAGGAAUGAAGCAAGAUAAUAAUGACCUUGCACCUAAGAAGGGAAGAAGAGUAUUAGGAUCUGCUAAACCAGCUAAUAGAAGGAAAUUGCGUGGCAAAAAGGUCCUCAACGCUUUUGACAAGAAUUUACAGGAUGACUACUCCUCCUACCCUGCAAAUAUGAAUGGGUUUGGUGAGAAUCAGCUUCGUGAUGUGAGUAAUAAGUUCCAGACUAAUGAACAUUUCGAAGAGGGUAACUUUCACAAACACGAGUUCAGUGAUAGACCUCCAAGUCGUCAAAAAGAGCCGUCAUUAGCUCUUGGCAUUGGAUCUGAAUAUGGAGAAGAUAUUGGAAUCGAUGACCCUGGGAAUCAAAUAACUUCAGAGAUAAUUUUGACAACUGGGAUUCCAGCUCCGAUGAAUGAAUUCUCCUCUAAAUAUACUCCUUGACAAGCAAGAAGAGGUGUAGGAAUUGAUCUCAGAGGACAGAAUGAAAGACCCAUCACUUCAAAAGCUGCAGGAGCAGAUGCAGCUAGAGUUAGCGAAAAAGGUAGAAAGAGCUUUCCAAUGAAGGAUAGGAGAGCCAAUGAGAAAAAGAACGUUGACCUUGCUAAAGAAUGAGAAAACCAGGAAGAAGAUUACAAAGGAUGCCCCUGGUUCUUUGAGAAUUCCCAUAAAGAAGAAGCCUCAAAGGAAGACUCCUUUGUAAAUAUAAAUUUUGAAAAAGUGUACGAAAUGGAAGGAGUCAUCCCUCAAGAUGAUACAAGUCAUUUUAUUGAUGAAGAAGAAACCAGACCAACGAGACCUCAGACGAGGGAUACCAAAAUGGAAGGAAAUUGGUUCGGUAAUGGAGGAUACAAUAUUUCCUCUGACGCAAAGAAUAUCCCUUUGAAUUUUUCAAAAGGUACUGAAGUCAAGAAAACACUUAAGAGACCUACGACUGGAAAGAGUGAGUUCAGGAAUAUCAGGAAGAACUCAGAUCACCAAUCCAAAAACGGAACUAUAAACAUCAUGAAGGAUAAUGAAUUAGAUUUCAACACUGAGGAGAACUACAAGCAUCUCUCUCAUGGAAAAUUCACAAGGAAGUCAGGGCCAGGGAACUCCAUGUCUGAAACAAAUCCCUUACUCAACUUCAGUGGGAAAGAAGGAAGGCCAGAUGGCCAUAAUUAUACUGUGAGCAUUAAUUUCAACAGGCCUUUACAGAGUAAAGGUAAAAGGAUUAAAAUCAACGAUAAGAAGAGAGAAGCGAAGAAAGCAUGGAAUAAGGUGACUGAAAGCCCAAAGCAGAAUAAGAAGAAACUUGAUAUUUACAACUAUGAUAUCGAUCCACAGGACAAUUUCAUCAACGGGCUGCUGGAUGUAGAUUCUAGCACUAGGAAGAGACCUUCAAAAACUGCUGGGAAGAAGCGUGGAAUUGGAUCCCUCAGAGCGAAGAAUCAUAAGAAAAAUAAGGACUCCUUCCAAGAUUCUAACAAACUCGUUCACCAGAUGCCGUUUGAUAAUGCUGAGCAGUCUGAAGGAAUUGAUUUUAAUGAUCUCUUUAAUGACAACAAUGAGCAUGAGCUUGAGGGUGAAGUCGACUUUAAAUCUCAGACGACCAAACUGCCGUUCCAUAGUUCGCUGGGUACAGACUUCUUAAACUUAUUUGCAAACAGAGGUUAGUGG